AAAUUGCAUGAAGCUUAGUAGAAUUGUCAUCAGUUGUUUUAGAACAGCUUACAGUCGUCAAUCCUACAGAUACAAUAAUACGCAAUACACGUUCAAAAAUGUUUAAAUUCCUGGCCAUCUGCUUGUUCGCUAUGUUCGCUUGCGCCGCCGCCAAGCCGGCUGUAGUCGCCGCACCAGUGGCUUACACUGCCGCUUAUACUUCACCUUAUGUGGCUGCCUCGCCCUACACCGCCGCCUACACAGCCGCUUAUACUUCACCUUACGCCGCCUACUCGUAUCCUUAUGCUUCUGCCUACAGCUAUCCAUAUGCUACUGCUUUCCUGCGUUAAGGUUUAUGCAGUCGUUUAACACUGGCAUUACUUAAGGAAUAUAUGCGAUGACACAUUUUUAUGGACUUGAUUAGCUUUGUUUUGUUAUACAUAUGUAUUGUUGCUUUGUUUUUAUAAUUUAUACUUUUUUCGGCUUUAUCUGAACUAUUUUAUAAGUU